GAAGAAGAAGAAGAAGAAGAAGAAGAAGGUACGUCCUAGGGAUACCGAGUAGCACUAACCUGAAUGUCAAGCUACUCUUUUCUGUCAUAUCAACGUGAUUAUUUUCGGGUUGUAUGUUCUCUUCAUUGUAACUAUUAUAUGUUUUUACGUAUUCAUACAUGAAUUGCACAUCGUGUGGAGACGUCUUUUUCAGUUCAAUAUAAACGUAGAGGCUGGCAAGAUAUUUCAACGCUAACGCAUUGCAAAGCUAGUGAAGCUAACUAGCCGAUUUGGACAGGACGUUACACCAUGGAGCCCGAAGCACAAAUACGAAACCUACGGGACUUUCUGAUGGUCUACAACCGUAUGACAGAGAUCUGUUUCCAGCGAUGCACCAGUAACUUCAACUACAGAAGUCUCACCAUGGACGAGGAGCGCUGUGCAGACAGCUGUGCCGGGAAGCUGAUCCGCUCCAACCACCGUCUGAUGGGAACCUAUGUCAACCUGAUGCCGGGGAUGGUGCAGCGCCGCAUGGCUGAGAUGGAGAAGAAGAACGCUGAGCUGGUCACAGCAGAGGCUGAGGCUGCAGGUGCACUGGAGGGGACACCUGACUUGGCUGAUCAAGGCCUACCUAUAGCCUCAACCGGGGGUAAAGCCUCCGCUCCUGCCCCGGGGACAAGUGAGGCUAUGACGGCUUCAGAGGUAUCAGUGAUGGCUGCCUCAGUCUUAAAGCCUGCUGUUUUAGAUUUCUCUGCAGACCUGGGUCCAGCUGCCUCACCCUCCACCCCCUCGUCCACCUCCACAGAGGUUAAACUAGCAGCUGCUUCACCUUCCACCCCAGCCUCAGAACCACUGGUGUCUUCCUCCCUCUCCCAGGCUGUGAAUGGAGUAGAGCUCACCAGGCUGACUUCAGGCCCAAUUUUAGAGUUGUCCCCUGUUAGACAUGAUCAAUCCACAGUCACUGCUGCUCCCAGUGCAACACCAAGUGGUCCCCACCUUAGUAGAUAACCAGGCACCAGUAAUGUUAGUUCCGCCCACAUUUACAUAUGGUGCCUGUAGAGGCGACACCAGCGCCUACAAUAGUGGCUCUUAUGGUUACACAGAGAUCAGCCCUAACCCCAGGCCCAGCCCUAACCCCAGCCCUAACCCCAGACCCAACCCUAACCCCAGACCCAACCCUAACCCCAGACCCAACCCUAACCCCAGACCCAACCCUAACCCCAGACCCAGCCCUU